AUGACUAAGCUUCAUCACGCGGUGCAGGCCGGCGACUUGCGCUUGGUUGAGUCCUUGAUCUCCGAAGGCGCAAAUUUGGGCGGCAGAGACAAUGACGGCAGGACAGUGUUGCAUUAUGCUUCCAUGGAACAGUUUCAUGGUCCUGAUAUAAUGACUCUGAUCCUGAACGCAGGCGGUAAAGCUAUCAUGAAUCUAGGUGACAACAGCGGCCAAACAGCACUGCAUUACGCUGCAGAGAGGGACCUCGCCGACAGCACACGUAUCUUGGUUGACCACGGUGUCGAUACACGCACCACUGAUAACUAUGGAUUUUCUCCUUUCCUCUGGGCUGUGGUUGCUGGACAAACACGCACCGCCGCUGACAUGCUGUUAACCAUAGGCGCUGAUGCUAAUUCAACCAGCGCGGAUGGAAAGUCUGCGCUGGCUUGGGCAGCUGCUUCUGGCGACCUUGACACGGUACAAUUGCUCCUCAAUCUUGGUGGGGAUCCAAACUAUCGUGAUCGUGAUGGCUGGUCCGCGAUACACUGGGCGGCAGAGGAAGGUCAUCUGGAGGUUGUCCGUUUGUUGUUGAACCAUGGGGCCAAUGUCAAUGCUGUCAGCUCUUAUGGCACGUCACCAUUGCACUGCGCUGCAAAC